GGGACCGGAGGAAGGCUGAUGGCACCGGCGGUGACGACGAGGAGCCGGGCUGCCCCGAAGAAAAACACCGCGGCGGCCCAGGGUCCCCGCCGAAAGCGGCAAUGGAGGCCGGACCCGCGGCAAAGCUUCCUGGGGAACGUUCGGGAGGGACAAGGAUUUGCAUUUUGGAGAAAGCAAAAGAUCCAUCGGGAAUACAAUAAAUUACUAAAAAAGGAAGGAAAGGCACAUCCUCAAUGGAAAGUUCAAUAUACCGAUUCUUACCCAGAGCACUUGAAGCAUCUCUAUUUAGCUGAAGAGAAAAUGCUUGAGAAACAAUCAAAAUCUAAAAGAACUGUAGUUUUGUUAGAACAAAAAUGCAGCACAAAAGUAACGUCAGAUACGACUCAGAGGAAGUUUAAAAAGAAAACUUCAAAUCAAAAAGCAAAAGAAGAAUAUGAGAAAAUAAAGGCUGAACGUGCCAAGAAGAAAGAGGAAGCCGAGAAAAGGAAACAAGAAAGAGAAGAAGCUCAAAGGCUCUACAAGCAAAAGAAAAUGGAAGCUUAUAAAAUAUUAAGUAAAAGGACCAAAAAAGGACAGCCAAAUCUAAAUUUACAAAUAGAAUUUCUCCUUCAGAAAAUACAACAAAAACCAUAGAUCAGAUUAUCUUCUCUUUUCAGUGAAUUAAAUCAAUCCACUAAAUACAUCCAUUGACUGGUACUUUUUAUUAUAGGUGAUAUUUUUUAAUGCGAAUAUACGGCAACUAUUUUUGUUUGUUGUGAUUAUUGGUCCAGGAUUGUGCUGGAGAGAGUCAUUGAUCCUGAAAACAUUUGUACUGGUCUGAAAAUAAUAUUUCUAGCUCAAGCAGAUUAUGGGAUAUUGAACUUUUUUACAAUAAAUGUUCUAAUUAGCACCUUGCUUUAUUCCCCACUUCAGUUCUAUGCUUGAUUUUUACUAGCCAGUAUCCCAAAUUGCUAGUUUGAGACUUUUUACCAUUUUGAGAGCUGGGAUUCCAUGCUGCUUUUCAGAUGGCAUAAAGCAUUUGUUUUUAGCUCUAGCAGUUCUGGUGUUAUUAGCUGCUGAAAUCAUGUCCGUUGAAUAGGGAGAAACAGGAUGGCAAACUGUGAACACAAUAUCUAAAUGAACUGCCAGGGCUAGGAUUGCAUUCCUUAUGCCAUUUGAAAGCUCAGAAUACAGAAACCCAGAAUAUAAAUUAUAUUAUAAGGCUUUUAUUAUACCCUUCCUCCUCCCUCCCCCCCCCCCAAAGGAAUAAAACUUGCCCUGGUCUAAGACCUUCUAAUCAGUUCUGGGCUAGUGCUAUAGAAUGAUAAGGUCUAAUAUGUUAUGAACCAUCAUGGAUAGAAAAGCGUACUUUAUAGAUAGAGCACUAGAUUGGGAUUUAGGACAACUGGGUUCUAUUCCUGACUGUGCUUACUGGGAAACCGUGAGUAAGUCACUUUGCCUCUGUGCUUCAAUUUCCUCUUCUGUAAGAUGGGGAUAAUGAUACUGAUCUACUUUGUCAAGCGUUAUGGGAUCUGCUGAUGGAAACGUGCUGGGUAAGAGCUAGGUAUUGUAUUAAUUAUGUUUAAUUCUGUGGCCAAUUCUAAGAUACCAAUGGAUUUUUAAAUAAAUAAAUCUGACCUCUUCAAUGGAAA